AUGUCGGACGAUGAAUUUGGUCUUGGUUCCGAUGAUGACUUCGAGGCCGCUCUAGUACAUGCAUCCGACACAGCUAUUGCUGGUAAGCGAAAGCAGUCAAUCGACAUCGCCACUACAUCCUCCAAGAAGACCAAAAUAGAUUCACCCUCACUUGAGCUCGCCAGAAAAGUAUUGAAAGAACGGUUUGGGCUACCCAAUUUUCGGUUGAAACAGGAAGAGGCUGUCGCGAGGAUUCUCGAUGGCGGAAGUGCAGUUGUUGUCUUCCCAACAGGCGGCGGGAAGAGUCUCUGCUACCAAGUCCCUGCCGUCGCUUUCAAGGAGCAAGAUCGAGAAUCGUCCUCGCGCGCUGAAACGCACAGCGGUGUGACGCUCGUGAUAUCACCUCUCAUCGCAUUGAUGAAAGACCAGGUGGAUGCUCUGCUACGCCGAAAGAUUAGAGCUGCAGUACUCAACUCCUCCGUCGAUCGCGCUCAAUUCCUUGCAACCCAAGAUGACCUGCGUAACGGACGUCUCGAUCUCAUCUAUUGUGCGCCCGAGCGUUUGAACGCUGAGGGGUUCAUUCAAUCUCUGCAAGCCAUACCUGGUGGUAUUCGACUACUCGCGGUCGAUGAAGCUCACUGUAUCUCUGAGUGGGGUCACUCGUUCCGUCCCGAAUACCUCAAGAUUGCUCGUUUUGCGCAGGAAGCCAAAGUGGAAAGGGUGAUAUGCCUGACCGCCACUGCGACUCCUCGAGUUGUUGAAGAUAUUUGUGCUGCUUUCUCUAUCCCACAGGAAGGCGUUUUCAAGACUACCGUCUACCGACCAAACCUGCGACUGUUGGCAGAAUCGAGAACUAAAGAUGCGGACGAAGUUACAGUUCUCUGCAACUUCUUGCGCAAGAAUCCGGGGCCGACAAUUGUUUAUGUUACGCUUCAAAAGGGUGCCGAGGAACUAGCACUGUCGUUGAAAAGGAACGGAUUUGAUGCGAAACCGUAUCACGCUGGCAUGGACACCAAAGUGAAGGAGAAAACGCAGGAGCUCUUUUUGCCGAGCAAAAAGAUGAUUAUAGUCGCGACGAUUGCCUUUGGUAUGGGAAUUGAUAAACCGGACAUUCGAAAUAUUGUUCACUUCGAUGUGCCUCGGACGAUCGAGGAUUAUUGCCAACAAAUUGGUCGAGCUGGAAGGGAUGGACUGCCGAGCGUGUGCUUCUUUAAGCUGUCGACAAAAGACUUCUACCUACGCAAUGUGUUCACAUACGGCGACCGACCCUCACUCAACAAUCUCCGCAAGCUUUUGGGAGAAAUUUCCUCACCUGAGAGGCGUAAGCUUCAAGCUGGAGAUAGCUUCAAGGUAUCUUUCUAUGCCCAAGAGAAAGAUUUUGACAUACGAUCGACUACCCUGGGAAUUAUAUACGCACAGUUGGAACUUCAUUUCAAGCUUUUCCGUCGCGUAGGGUCAGAGUAUUCGGAGUACAAAUACUUUGCGAAGGAUCCAGGGGCCUUGACUCGUGACAGCACUCCAGAAUCCAAAGCAAUUCAGGCUUCUGCCAAAGGCACCCAGAAAUGGAAGACAGUUGAUCUCGAACAAAUUGUUGCAAGGCGAGGGUUCUCGCGGCCCGACCUCGUGCGAAAACUUGACACAUGGAAUGAGAAAGGCAUGGUCGAGGUGAAGAAGGCAGGCACGACAAAUGUCUUUCGCCUCGAGAAGCCACUCCCAUCGAACCAAAAGGAGAUUGAUGAAAUUGCUCAACACUUAGACCGCGCCAUGGAAAACAAGGAACUCCAAGAUCUCAAGCGAACGCAAGCUUUGAUCGACCUCAUCACUUCUAAAGAGUGUUUUGCUCACUCCAUAACUUCCUACUUCGGCGAAUCGAAUACCGCAACUUCAACUGGAACCCUCGAAGAAUGUGGCCAUUGUACAUGGUGCGAAACCCAUAAGCAAAUCACUCUCCCCGACGAACCUGCUCCGGUCCCGACCUCUUUCCAACUAAAGCAAGUCAUGGACGCUUGCCCUAUGCGCGACGACCCAAGGUUCCUCGCGAAGAUCGCUUUUGGAAUAAAGACUCCUUGGAUGAGGACGCUCGGGUUGCAGAAAAGUCCUGCUUUUGAAUCGAUGAUGGACUGUGAUUUCAUGGAGCUGGUGAGGGCUUUUGAAGCGGAAUGCAAGAAGGCCAACAAGUAA